GAACAUGUCUUUAUUGGGUUACCGCUAACCGAACUUGCCAACCGGCGCUCGGCGAGAUUUGAUGGGGAUUUUGUCGAAAUUAUGGCAUCGAAAACUCUGAAAACGUGUGCCUUUUUUGUGUUUAGCCAGCUGUCGUUUGGCAGCAGAUUCCGAGUUGUGGAUUAGUGAAAUCACAGUACCGGACAAUGCUAACCAGUUAGCCCGGAGUCGAUGCUAAUUGGCUAAGGAAGUUAGCCGGUUAGCUUGCCAGAGGCUGGAUUUUUUGUUUGGCGCAUUUCAAGCCUGUUCGCCGACCACUUAACUAUUUAACCUGUGCCGAAAAUACAGCAUUUGUUUGUAGCUGUCAAAUACAAAAUACUUGAAUUUUCACUAUUGGUUUUUUAAAAUGAAGUGUUUCGCUUAAGCGGCUGUUUUACCGCAAACGCUGCUCUUUUGUUUUGACAAAGGAAGAGGACCCGAGUUUCUUUUUUUAACACCAGUUCACAUCUGGUUGGACAGUUGCCUUUCGUUUGGCAAUGGCUCCACAGAAGCAGAGCUCCUCAGGUGGAGGUCACUCUGGGGGCUUUGGUUCUGGAGGAAAAGCCAACGGGUCCUGCCACCAGUCCACCUCCUCCUCCAUGGCUGUAGCCAAGAAGCCCAGCAUGCAACACAUUCAAGCCGACCACGAGUUGUUCCUGCAGGCCUUCGAGAAACCAACCCAAAUCUACAGGUUCCUUCGCACCAGGAACUUGAUCGCUCCGAUAUUUUUGCACAGGACCCUCACCUACAUGUCCCACAGAAACUCAAGGAAUAACGUUAAAAGGAAAAGCUCCAAGGUUGACAAUCUGUUGUUCAAAGUGGAAAAGAUGAGAGGAGAACAGGAGACUCACAGCCUGGCCUCUAAUCUGCAGCUCACCUUUACUGGCUUCUUCCACAAAGCUGGGAAGUCAUCUCAGGACAGUGAGAAUGAGCAGAACUCCGUCUCUCUGGAGGUGCUGCUGGUCAAAGUCUGUCACAAGAAGAGGAAGGAUGUGAGCUGCCCGGUGAAGCAGGUCCCGACGGGGAAGAAGCAGGUUCCUCUGAACCCAGACACCAGCGCUGGAGUCUCCCCCAAGCCCGGCUCCGUCCCCUCUUUACUGGUUCCCAGCAGCGAGUUUGAACCCAGCAACUCUCACAUGGUCAAGUCCUACUCGCUGCUGUUCAGAGUGUCGAGGCCCGGAGCCCCCCGCACCCAGAUCAACGGCCUGGUCAACGGGGAGAACAACCACCACAGCAGAGACUUUACAGAGGAAAUGUCAAACAGGAAGAGGAGGAGCUCCUCUCUCAGGGAGGAGGGAGAAACCACAUUUGUGGCUCAGAUGACUGUCUUUGAUAAGAACAGACGCCUGCAGCUGUUGGACGGGGAGUACGAGGUGUCUAUGCAAGAGAUGGAGGAGUGUCCCGUCAAUAAGAAGAGGGCCACCUGGGAGACCAUCCUGGACGGGAAGCGUAUGCCUCCCUUUGAGAGUUUCUCUCAGGGCCCCACCCUGCAGUUCACGCUGCGCUGGACCAGUGACGCCUCGGACCGCUCCACGGCCCCCGUGGCCAAACCUUUAGCUACCCGCAACUCUGAGACCAACCAGGAGCCCCGACCCAGCUCCCUGAGGGCCACACACACUCUGGCUGUUAAAGAAUCCAUAAAUGCUGACGUCCAAACCAGAAGAGAACUGAUCUCAGCUGAGCCCCGCCAGAAGCUGCGCAUCUUCUACCAGUUCCAGUACAAUCACAACACGCGGCAGCAGACGGAGGCCAGAGACGACCUGCACUGUCCCUGGUGCACGCUGAACUGCAGGAAGCUGUACAGCCUGAUCAAACACCUCAAACUGUCCCACUCCCGCUUCAACUUCAACUACGUGCACCAUCCCAAAGGAGCGAAGGUGGAGGUCUCCAUCAACGAGUGCUACGACGGCUCGUACGCAGGGAACCCUCAGGACAUCCACAGCCAGCCGGGCUUCGCCUUCAGCAGGAACGGCCCGGUGAAGCGGACGGCCGUCACGCACGUUGUCGUCUGCAGACCCAAGAGGACGAAGGCGAGUCUGUCGGAGUUCCUGGAGCCGGAGGACGGAGAUCAGGAGCCGCCCGUCAUCAGCGGACACAACCGGCUGUACUUCCACAGCGACAGCUGCGUGCCGCUGAGGCCUCAGGAGAUGGAGGUGGACAGCGAGGACGAGAGGGACCCCGACUGGCUCCGAGAGAAGACUGUGAAGCAAAUGGAAGAGUUCACAGACGUCAACGAGGGAGAGAAGGAGAUCAUGAAGCUGUGGAACCUCCACGUCAUGAAGAACGGCUUCAUAGCAGACAACCAGAUGAACGAGUCGUGUCUGGUGUUCGCCGAUCACCAUGGCGCCCACAUCGUCAAAAACAACCUCUUUCGCAAUUUCCUGCUGCACCUGAUCAGCAUGCACGACUUCAACCUGGUCACCACGCAGACCAUCGACCAGGCCAUGGCCCGCCUGCGCCUCCUUCAGAGCCAGCCUCACAC